GGCUCUUCAGUGGGGGGGAGCAGCCGUUGGGACUGCAGACCUCCUGCAGGAUCCCUCAUGGCUCAGCAGCAGUUUCAGGUGCUGCGGUGCUGCUCCUGUCUCGUCUUCCAAGUCCAGCAGGUCAAAAAGAGUAAAACAUGGAAUUGCAAAGUAUGUGAUCAAAAGCAGUCAAUUCUAAAGAUUUUUGGCCAGGGUUCUGGAUCUGAUUGCAGGCACCAUGUGCAGAAACUAAACUUGUUGCAAGGCGAGGUGGAACAGGUGCCUGCAAACCUUCCUGGAUGUAUAGAAGAGCCGGUAGAGGGAGGUGAUGAAAACAUAGCUCUUAACUUGGAAGAUAAAUUGAACUGGCAGGAGAAAAAUGUAGAUUUGGUCAGCCGUUGGACUAAAUAUCUGGAUAAAAGGUAUGAGGAGCCAGAGAAAGAAGACACAGGGGAGGUAUUGAUGUCUUCAGAAAAACGUAUCUGCUCUUCCAAGAGGAACAUGGUAGAACAUUCAAGGAAACAUAAGAAGACUAGGUUAUGCACUAGGGACACCUGGGGAUCUGAGGAAAGGAGUGUUUCUGGAUUUGCAAAGGAUGUCAAAUGUUUUGAGGACGAAAGUAAUUCAGAUACCAUGGGUAUAAAAAGUUGUGGAGAAGCUACAUGUGAAAGUGUGAUGCUGCCUGCUGAAGAACAAGAGCGUGUGCGUCACAGAGAGGACACGGAUGUGCAAUCAAGGGCUGUUGGGCCUUCCAAGUGGGAGAAAUUCCUCUUACCUGGCAAGAGUUGUCACAGCAGUACUGCAGCUGUCACCACACAAGAGAGGCGGGGAAUGCUGGUCCCAGGGCCUGCUGCGGGUGCGAGUGCUGCAAGGGCAGCUGUCUCCAGCGGUACCUGUCAUGGUAACCAGCAUCAUGCAUCACAGCAGCCUGAAGCCAUUCCAUUCGAUCGCACGCAACAGGAUUCUACCAUUGACUGUACUGCAAUAGCCAGCAUACCUAGGGAAGCAUACCAUGCCCCAGCUUUGGUAAAGGUCCAUCAUCUUCAAGAAAGGGUGCCUGACCAAUCUAUAUCCAUUCCGUCUGUGAGUCCUACUAUUUCAAAUUCAAAGAAUCUGUACAGAAACCUGUUUUCUACAGGAGAUGAUUUUGAUGAUGAUAUUUAAGGCUCCGAGUAUCACAACUGGGUUUUGUAGCUUAAUGACCUAUUUUACAUCACAAAACCAUGUUGUAUAAAUAAUAAAAAGGGGAUUGUA